AUGGGUCAUGUAUCCGGCAGAGAUAUAUUCGAGGCAAGGGCAGCUGUAAAGAACCCAUUCGCCCCAUUUCAAGUAUUCGGAAAUGCAACCAUUGGACCUGAAUUGACGGUGGAGCAUCUUUUCUUUGACCAGUGGCCCACGGGCCUUAGCGUCUCGUCUACUGGAAAGAUAUAUGCCAACUUCCCCACCGCCGUCAAUCAGACCAACACGAAAUUUACUGUUGGCGUCGUAAAUGGCCACACGAGUGAGGCAGCAUUCCCCUCCGUCGAAGCCAACCAGCCGCCCGCAGGAUUUCUCUCAACUACGGACCCAGUUCAUUUUGGCUCGAAUGAUAGCGAUCACUUGAUCAGCGUGCAAAGCGUGGUCGUCGACGCGCUUGAUCGGGUAUGGGCGCUCGAUACAGGGAGGCCACUGGUGAAUGGACAGAUGGUACUCGGGAGUCAGGGCGGCCCCAAACUGGUUGGGUUUGACCAGAACGGGACCAAGGUAGCAAACCUCGUAUUGCCCGCCGGGGUUGCGUUCCCGGAUUCGUAUCUAAACGACGUACGAUUCGAUUUGCGAGCUAGUACGUUACCGGCGGGUAAAGGAGUCGCAUACGUCACCGAUUCGAGUAACGAGGGCCGGAAUGGUAUCAUUGUGAUAGAUCUAGGGACUGGAAACGCGUGGAGGCAUCUCGAUAGCAUCGCGCUGACGAGAGCGGAUUCUGAUUUCAAGAGCUCUUACAAUGGCCGGCCGUUCCAGGUUGUCACACAGGGUCCUACGCCUGGCAUCUUUUCGCGUUUCACCACAGGGUCAGAUGGAAUUGCAUUGAGCAACGACGGCAAGUUCCUAUAUUUCUCACCGCUCGCUUCACGCCGCCUCUAUCGUGUUCCCACUUCCCUUCUCCUCGUACAGCCAGGGCCUGCGACUCCAAAUGCAGUCAAUGCUGCCAUUGCCGGGACACAAUUUCUUGGUGAACUUUCGAGCCACGCAGACGGCCUUGAGACGGAUGCGGAUGGGCUGAUCUACGUCAGUGCGCCUGAGCACAAUGCUAUCACCAUCUUCCAGCCCGAAACUGGCAUAUCAGAGACCCUUGUCAAGGAUCCUAGGAUCCAGUGGCCCGACACCCUGUCAGUGGCGACCAACAACCGCCUCUAUUUCACGUCGAACCAGUAUUUCUUGCAGCCUUCUUUGAAUAACGGAACUGAUCUUCGCGUGACUCCCUUCGGCAUAUUCAGCGUGCCCAUCAAAGCGGGGAAAGUUCAGCUGGUAUGA